AUGGCUCGCUCUUACACUCUGUUUCUCAUGCUCGUGGCAAUGUGCGUGUUCUCUGCCGUCGCACAAUCUCCGGCGCCGUCACCGAAGUCUUCUGCUGCUCCACCAAAAUCGGUAUCUCCUUCGCCAUCAAAGGCUCCGUCGCCGUCUUCAUCGAAGACAUCACCCGCCGUCACUCCAUCUCCAGCCUCCGGACUGAGAUCUCCGCCGUCUCCUGCAUCAUCGUCGGCAUCCUCCCCUUCGUCUUCGGUCUCUCCGUCGUCGAUCUCUUCCCCUCCGUCUGAGGCUCCUGGACCGUCGGAGAAUGGUGCCGUCUCAAAUGGAUUUGCUGUCGCCGGAUACGUAGCCGUCGGGCUUGGCGCCGCCGUUCUGUUAAUGUGA